AUGUCCUUCCUGCGCGAAGCAGAGAAAUGUCUACUUAAUCAGAAGACGUUUGCGACUCUGAAUGCAUUUAUUACUCCCUUAGAGCGCUCUACGUCAUGGAGAGAUCGAGUCCAGGCGGCGGACAGCCGACGGGAUGAUGGUACUACAAUUUCCCCUAUGGACGGUAAACUUAUCGGCGUGAAAGACAACAUCUGUACUAACGAGCUGCGGACUACCUGCGGAUCUGCGAUUUUGCAAGAGUUUACAAGCCCUUUUAAUGCUACGGUGGUUGAAUUACUGGAGGAUGCAGGUGCUAUUGUUGCUGGGAAGACAAAUCUGGAUGAGUUUGGCAUGGGGGGACACUCAGAUGCUAAUCUCCCUUUAAGAUCCCAUUCUAUACACUCUUACUUUGGCUCUGUGAGGAACAGCGGAACAGCGGAAGAGUACUGUUCAGCUGGCGGAAGCUCGGGAGGGAGUGCGGUUGCAGUCGCCACAGGUCAAUGUCAUGCGGCGUUAGGGACUGAUACUGGUGGCUCUGUGCGCCUCCCGGCAGCAUAUACGGGAAUCUUUGGAUUUAAACCUUCCUACGGGCUGAUUUCUAGAUGGGGAGUAGUGGCGUACGCGAACUCGCUUGAUACUGUUGGGAUAUUUGGAACGGACACCUCUACUAUCCGUAAUGUGGUAAACCGUUAUGACAAUCGUGAUCCAACUAGCAUAUCACCAACCACUCGGUCACGCAUCCUGGAUACCGUGAAAAAAGUGUCAAGGGAAAAAAAUCGCUUGCGAAUAGGAGUUCCCCUAGAGUAUAAUAUUCACGAAUUAAGCUCUGAUGUCCGAACUGCGUGGCAGCGAACACUUCAACACCUUCAGUCGCAUGGGCAUAUUAUACACCCUGUCUCACUUCCAGCUACCAAACAAGCUUUGUCGGCGUACUAUGUUCUAGCCCCGGCAGAGGCCUCGUCAAACCUUUCGAAAUAUGAUGGUGUCCGCUAUGGAACUAGAGAUAUCGAUUUCGCGGACAAUGCAGGAGACUACCUAUAUUCAAAUACCCGUGGAAUGGGUUUUGGAGCUGAAGUCAGACGCCGAAUACUCCUAGGAACACUAUCGCUUAGUGCAGAUAAAAUCGAUAAUUACUUCAUUCAAGCGCAGAAGGUUAGGAGACUGGUUCAAUCGGAUUUCAACUCUGUUUUCCGCCUUCGGCAUCCGCUUAUACAUACACCGUCUACAGUGUCAAACCAGCAGGACGCUAGCUCUAACAAAGAUAUCGAAACUGAUACGAAGGUUGACAUCCUCGUCUGUCCUACAGCUCCAUCAACUCCCCCAACCAUAAAAGUCCUGGAAAACUCAUCACCAACUGAAGCGUAUACAAAUGACGUCUUUACGGUCCCUUCCAGCCUCGCAGGACUUCCAUCGUUGAGCGUUCCUGUGUCAUUCCAAAGUGAACUUCCAGGGCGGCCAAGUUUAAUAGACUCUGCAGGAAUACAAGUUAUCGGCCAGUUUGGAGACGAUAACAUGGUUCUAGACGUGGGAGAGAUUCUCGAGAACAUGGACAAGAUGUGA